CCUUCUCCAGCAUUCGUGAUCGGCUUCUCCAGCGUCUGGGGUGAUUCUUCCCUCUUCCAUCCCUCUAUGACUUCCUUGUCCAUUUACUGAGGAAUAUGCUCUAUUAAUUUGUUGUUGCUGUUGUUGUUGUUGUUGUUGUUCUCUCCUCUUGUCUCUUUCGCAUCCCCCGUAGACGCUUCCAUCCCCUCAUUCUGCCGACGGCAUCUUCCACCAUGGACAUUGAACGGCACCAGUUAAGCUCGGACCAGCCAAAGCGACGAAGAAGGAAUGCUGCGCGGAGGCGGUUCCGCAACAAGGCUCCCAUAUCUGCACGCCUCUCUCUCGAUCAUCACCUGCGCGGAAGUGUCGGGGUCGUCUCUGCCGAUCUGGCCAACGACCUGUUUCAAGCGCCUGAGUCAACAACCGAUAGUGGAAUCCGCUAUGUCGCAAUUUCCCCGUAUCUACCGGGUCCCAGUUCGGCCGUCGAGGAGCUGGCCUGGACCAUUGUUCCGGUUCGCGCACAGUCUCCCGGUCGCUCCAAGGAAUCGCCCCUCCCCAAUUCUACAAUAGUGUUCCCGGAUUCAGCCGACUCCUUGCAGCCGCUCAUUCGGACUCUGGGGAAGCUGGACCCUGCCCGCCAUUCUGUCCCGACCCCGCGCAUCAUCGAGAUUCGGGUAUUGGAUAUUGUUCCCUUGCAUCUCGAUACCGUUUAUGUCACAGUCGAACGGAACCUUCUUCGGAAUCACGAUGAUGUCCAAAGCAGAUUCGGUGGCGGCUUUACUACAAACCUUCACGGACCGAAUGGGCUCUGGGCAAAGGCGGGGAAAGGGCUCGAACCAAAGAAAUCCUCAAAGAGGGCCGCUGCGGAAGUCGAAGAGAGGCUUACCGCUGCGGUACGUGAGGCAUUGGGGACCCAGAAGGUGGUGCAUACCGGUGAUGUGCUACCUCUUCCCUUACCUCCGCAUCCGAUUACCUACGCGCCCGCACCACCAGCCCACAUUUCCUUCUGUGAACCGGUUUCGCAGGGCUUAUUGCUACCCACUACCAAGAUUGUUCUUAUUCAAGCGCGUCCUCGAGGGACUCGCGCUCAGCGGAGCUUGAGGACUGCGUCCGGCUUCCUCAAGCAGGUGGCUGAGGACGAGGCGGAUGACACUUCCAACGAGCAGUUCUAUUCGGCGGCGGAGGACAAACCGGCCGAGAGUAGUACAGAAAUGGAAACUACAUCUAAUGCCGAAGAGUCGGACACUGAAGGAUCCGUCGGAAAUCUGAGCGAUUCGUCCGAUGACUCUCUGGACGAUAUGAUUUCUCUCAGUGCACCGGAGCUCCCACAGCCAGCCUCUGGUGUCAUGUCUGGGAUGACCGCGGCUACCCCGCGGGCCCGACGCACAGAUGGUAUUCAUACCCCUGGAUCCAUAGUGUCCACCCUCACCUCCUCAACUCUCCGUCCCAACCGGGGGGGGCCGGGCGGAAAAGUUUUCAAAGCGGAGGGACUUUUGCGUAGCGUGCCAAACGAACUCCUCCAUCCCAGACCAAGAGAUGAUGAUGACAUCGAGUCAUUUAUCAUUGCAGAUAUUAGUGCCCUGGCAAAAAUUGGCUGCUUUUCUGGAGACUGGGUUCGGAUUGAAGCUACAGAGGAACCCCAGUCCAAUAUUUUUGCCUCAAUUAAGCUGGGAAGCUUCAAUGACCAAGAGGAAGAAACUGGCGACUGGCGUGCUGUGAAGAUCUACGGCCUACCUGGUCUUCCUUCCGCAAAGCCUCGAUAUUCAAUCAACCAGUCUGCUGACCGGCGCCUGAGUAUAUCGGGACGCCCUCCCAUGCGCCUUACUCCCUCGGUCUUUAUGCCCCCCCUGCUAUUAAACAACCUCAACAACCCCAAGUAUGUCCGUUUAUCUCCAAUGAAUUUGGGAGCCGGCAGCGGAGCAUCCAGGCCGGGACUCCUGCACCAGGUGAAAACCGCUGUUCGCAGCCCCCCACUGGCCAAAGAGGUGACCUUACUCAAAGUCUCUACUCCGCUUUCCAUGGACCGCGUCCUCCAGCCCGCCUUGUUUGCGGGCCUGAAACAGUACUUUGAGACCAAACGACGCCUCCUGAAGAGCGGCGACCUUUUGGGAAUUAGCAUCGACGAAAGCCUCGGUAGAGCUGUCUUCGCGGGGGCAGGCGCUGCUGCCCAUGAUGGUGCCCAAGACGAUGAUUUAACAACCAAGCUAGGCCCCGUGGCCGAUUCGGAUCGUGCGGCAUCGAAGAAGGCAGGGGGCGUUGUCGCUUGGUUCCGUGUUGGACAAGUAAUUCCCACCCCGCCCACUGACCGGGACGAUCCGAGUGAAUUUGACUGGGGCGGCGUGGCUAUCAUCGACUCGGCCACUACGCGGAUGGUGCAGGCAGGAAGUGAUGUCAGCCGGGUUCCAGGCACCUUGAAUAACGGCUGGGAAUACUGGCUGGGGGCGAGGACUAUUCCAAAGCCGGUGGUCGAUAUGCCAACGAUCCAUGGUGUCACAACUGAAUUGCCCCAGUCCUUUAUCUCGCCGAUCCAGCAACGUGUACGAGACUUGAUGGCAGUGGCUACGAGCACCCGCGCGAUCCAGCUUGGCAUGAAGCCCGUGGUUAUUCUCUUGAGGUCCCAACAAAGGCACAUCGGAAAGGCCACGCUUGCGACGCGGGCUUGUGCCGAUAUUGGCCUCCAUACCUUCCCGAUCGAUGCAUACGAUAUCUUGACCGAGGGGGGUGCCAAUGGCGGUGAUGUGAAGACUGAGGCAUAUCUGAAAGCCAGAGCGGAGCGUGCUUUCCACUGUGGCUCAGACUGCACCGCUCUUCUGAUCAAGCAUAUUGAGGUUUUGACCGCAGACCGAAUCGUUUCAGCAAUGACGGGGAUUUUGGCCGAGGCGAGGGUUGUCAUUGCCACUACCACGGAUGUGGAACAAAUCCCCGAAGGUAUUCGCAGCAUGUUUACACACGAGUUUGAGAUGACUGCCCCCGAGGAGAAAGAGCGAGAGGGCAUCCUUCGGAAUGCCGUCUCCGAGCGCAGCAUCAAAAUCUCGACGGAUGUGGAUCUGGGAACUGUCGCUCUCAAGACGGCCGCUCUCGUUGCCGGAGACUUGGUGGAUGUUGUUGAACGAGCAUCCAUCGCAAGGGCCGCUCGUCUAGAGAAAUUAGCCGACACCGCAAGCAAGCAGUCCUCGAGCGCCAAGGUGACCCUUCAAGAUAUCCUCAUUUCUGGCGGCGAAGCCGUUCGAGGCGUCACCAAGGCUGACUUUGACGCUGCUGUGGACGCUGCAAGAAAGAACUUUGCCGACUCCAUUGGCGCCCCAAAGAUCCCCAAUGUGAGCUGGGAAGACGUUGGUGGACUGACCAAUGUUAAAGAUGCCCUUGUUGAAACCAUCCAGCUACCCCUUGAGCGCCCCGAAUUGUUCGCCAAGGGUAUGAAGAAGAGAAGUGGUAUCUUGUUCUACGGUCCCCCGGGCACUGGCAAGACGUUGCUGGCCAAGGCAAUUGCCACCGAAUUCUCUCUCAAUUUCUUCUCCGUGAAGGGACCUGAACUGCUCAACAUGUACAUUGGUGAGUCCGAAGCGAACGUUCGACGCGUCUUCCAGCGAGCUCGAGAUGCUCGGCCCUGCGUGGUCUUCUUCGACGAACUGGACUCGGUCGCCCCUAAGCGUGGCAACCAAGGAGACAGCGGGGGUGUGAUGGACCGCAUCGUCAGCCAGCUGCUUGCCGAGCUGGACGGAAUGAACGGUGGAGAGGAAAACAGCGGCGGUGUGUUUGUGAUUGGUGCAACUAACCGUCCCGACCUGCUGGACACGGCUCUCCUUCGUCCGGGUCGUUUUGAUAAGAUGCUGUAUCUUGGAGUAUCCGAUACCCAUGAGAAGCAGGCUACGAUCUUGGAGGCGCUGACGCGCAAGUUUGCCUUGAGCCCCGAGGUCUCGCUCCGCCGAGUGUCCACGCGACUGCCUCUUACGUAUACCGGUGCGGAUCUUUAUGCUCUGUGCUCGGAUGCUAUGCUCAAAGCCAUCACCCGCAAGGCUACGGCGGUCGAUGAGAAGAUCAAGCAGUUGCCGGGCGGGCCAGUCAGUACUGCAUACUUUUUCGAUCACCUGGCUACCCCAGAUGAUGUGGCGGUGAUGGUUACGGAGGAUGACUUUUUUGAGGCACAGGGCGAGCUUGUUCCUAGCGUUAGUGCCAAAGAGCUUGAGCAUUUCGAACGGAUCCGACAGAUGUUUGAAUCCACCGAUAAGGAUAAGCCCACGCCGGAGUCUGGGCACCAAGCUGGAGCCCCAAACGUACCAUCUCCCCAAACCAUUGGAGAUGCCAUCGAGGCUCUGAACCGGGGAGAAGAAUGGGAUGAUUUCCUCGGCGGACCCGUCACCAACGGAGAUCGGCCACUUUCCCCUGAUAGCAAAGGGAAAGGCAACCCGGGAGGAGGGUCCAGUAUCCGCAGUGUCAGCGGCCAGUCCGUACCCAAUAAUAAGGGCAAGGGCAAGAGUCCUGCGGGUUCCGGCGGGAAGUGGAAGGGCAAGGGUAUUUCCGUCGCUCACGGCGAUUCGGAUUCAUCGCUGGAUGGACCUCGAGAGGAUGGGGCGAUCAAUGGGGACGAGGACUAUAUUAUUCGUACGGAUCAUUUGGGGCCGUCGAACGGUUCCUCGUAAGUUGCGAUCGCGGGUUUCUUGUGUAUUGGUACAUACUGUCGUACUUGGGCGAUGUACAUAUAUAGUCGUAGUACUCUCACUCUUCCAUAGGAAAAAGAUGCUAAGUAACCCUAGGGUUAGGGUCGGGUAACAAGGGGUAGUACAGUAUCAAAAGGAUCUGACCUCUUCUUAUCGGAUCUUCUGCUUCUAGCAGAAUAAUUCAAUAAAGAUAUAUCAGGAGACCAUGGAUAGUUACUACCUAACUAAGUUAGUAAGAUCGGUGUGGACUCGGAUCUCGCCCGAGGGGGGUUGGGGUUGUUCAUUCUUAUUAUUCACAGUUUCCCCCUCAAGUGGAUCAGCUUAUCUUGAAU